CGCGCCUCCGGACAUGCUAGGGGCAUCGCCGAACCGGCCAGAUCGGGGCUAGGAGCGCGGGGUGGGGGGUGGGGGCCGGGGUCGGAUCGCGGUCGGUCCCGCCGUCCCUCCGUCCUGCCGAGCCGGGACGUGCGUGCCGCGCUCAGGUCGCCGCGGAGAGGGAGCGAGGGAAGCGGCGGGAGGGCGGGGGAGCAAAAGCCGGAGCACUCGCCGGAGGCUGGAGGAGGCUGAGCCGCGUCCCCGCCCCGCUGCGCCUAUGCGGUACUUGAGGUACUGGAAGGAUGGCGAAGAGGUCGCGCAGUGAGGAUGAGGACGAUGACCUUCAAUAUGCUGAUCAUGAUUAUGAAGUACCGCAACAAAAAGGACUGAAGAAACUGUGGAACAGAGUAAAGUGGACACGAGAUGAGGAUGAUAAAUUAAAGAAGUUGGUUGAACAGCAUGGAACUGAUGACUGGACCUUAAUUGCUAGUCAUCUUCAAAAUCGUUCUGAUUUUCAGUGCCAGCAUCGAUGGCAGAAAGUUUUAAAUCCAGAAUUGAUAAAGGGUCCCUGGACUAAAGAAGAAGAUCAGAGGGUUAUUGAAUUAGUUCAGAAAUAUGGGCCAAAAAGGUGGUCUUUAAUUGCAAAACAUUUGAAAGGAAGAAUAGGCAAACAGUGUAGAGAAAGAUGGCAUAAUCAUCUGAAUCCUGAGGUAAAGAAAUCUUCCUGGACAGAAGAGGAAGACAGAAUCAUCUAUGAAGCUCAUAAGCGGUUAGGAAAUCGUUGGGCAGAAAUUGCCAAACUACUUCCUGGAAGGACUGACAAUUCUAUAAAAAAUCAUUGGAAUUCUACUAUGCGAAGAAAAGUGGAGCAGGAAGGCUACUUACAAGAUGGAAUAAAAUCAGAUCGGUCUUCAACUAAACUCCAACAUAAACCUUGUGCAGCUAUGGAUCAUUUGCAAACCCAGAAUCAGUUUUACAUACCUGUUCAGAUACCAGGCUAUCAGUAUGUGUCAGCUGAAGGCAAUUGUGUAGAACAUAUUCAGACUUCUUCUGCCUUUAUUCAGCAACCAUUUGUUGAUGAAGAUCCUGAGAAGGAAAAAAAAAUAAAGGAACUUGAACUGCUUCUAAUGUCAGCUGAGAAUGAAGUUAGAAGAAAGCGAGUUCCAUCACAGCCUGGAAGUUUUUCUAGCUGGUCUGGUAGUUUCCUCAUGGAUGACAGUAUGUCUAACACUCUCAAUAGCUUCGAGGAGCACACUAGUGAGUUUUACAGUAUGGAUGAAAAUCAGACUGUGUCUGCUCAGCAGAACUCACCCACAAAGUUCCUGACUGUAGAGGCAAAUGCUGUGCUGUCCUCUCUACAGACCAUCCCAGAAUUUGCAGAGACUUUAGAACUUAUUGAAUCUGAUCCUGUAGCAUGGAGUGAUGUUACCAGUUUUGAUCUUUCUGAUGCUGUUGCGUCUCCUGUCAAGUCCACCCCAGUUAAAUUAAUGCGAAUUCAACACAAUGAAGGAGCCAUGGAAUGCCAAUUUAAUGUCAGUCUUGUACUUGAAGGGAAAAAAAACAGUUCUAAUGGUUCAGACAGUGAGGCUAUUUCUUUAACGUCCCCAAAUGUGGCCAAGUUCAGCACUCCACCAACCAUCCUCAGAAAGAAGAAAAGAAUACGAGUGGGUCAGUCUCCUGGCGGUGAACUUAACGACGGUUCAUUCAGUGAUGGAAGUAAUGCCGCACUAAAGCACACACCAGUGAAAACACUACCAUUUUCUCCUUCACAGUUUUUCAACACAUGUCCUGGAAAUGAACAAAUUAGUAUAGAAAAUCCUGCAUUUACAUCAACCCCAAUUUGUGGACAGAAAGUUCUCAUUACACCUCUUCAUAAGGAAACAACUCCCAAAGACCAAAAGGAAAAUGUGGGGUUUAGAACUCCUACUAUUAGAAGAUCUUUACUGGGUACCACACCAAGAACUCCUACUCCUUUUAAGAAUGCACUUGCUGCUCAGGAGAAAAAGUAUGGACCUCUUAAAAUUGUGUCACAGCCACUUGCCUUCUUGGAAGAAGAUAUUCGGGAAGUUUUAAAGGAAGAAACUGGAACAGACAUAUUCCUCAAAGAAGAUGAAGAACCUACUUACAAAAACUGCAAACAAGAGCACACUCCUGUGAAGAAAGUCAGAAAAUCACUAGUUUUAGAUAACUGGGAAAAAGAAGAACAAGGCACUCAACUAUUAAAUGAAGACAUUUCAGACAUGCAGUCAGAAAAUAUAUUUACAACAUCUUUAUUAAUGAUACCAUUAUUGGAAAUACAUGACAAUAGGUGCAACUUGACUCCAGAAAAACAAGAUAUAAAUUCAACCAACAAAACAUACACACUUAAUAAAAAGAAACCAAACCCUAACAUUUCCAAAGUUGUCACAUUGGAAAAGAAUAUUCAGUCAAGUUGUGAAUGGGAAACAGUGGUUUAUGGGAAGACAGAAGAUCAACUUAUUAUGACUGAACAAGCAAGAAGAUACUUGAGCACUUACACAGCUACCAGCAGCACUUCAAGAGCUCUAAUAUUGUAAUUAUUAAUGCUGAAAUGUCCCACUUCCUUGAUAUAUUGCCAUAUACUAACUUAGGUUGCAGUGAAAAGUCUGUGAAUUAAUUCUUUUUUAGGUUUUAAUAACAGCCCUAAAAAUGUUUACAUCUGUUUUCACCUUGGGCUACAGAAAGUUAAAUUAUUUGAGGGGGUAGGCAAUUUAGUUUGUUUUUUAAAGAAAUGAAAUAAAAAUCUGUUUUUAAAGAACAAGAUGGGAAAAACAUAUUAGAAUAUUCAUAAUAUUUAAAAGUAAAUUCUUCUGUCUUUUUUAAAAAGAAGAUAUAUAUAACUACUCUUUUGAUACUGCUUUUGUUAUAGACAGGCUUAUGAUAUGUAUGAAAUAGUUUUGCCUGUGUACUGGUUUACCUAGACUAUGACUUACAAUGAAACACAGUGAAAAGGAAUUUAAAGGAAAGAUAGAAAGUUGCACUACUUAUUUUUGACAUUUAAAAAAACAGUGAAAUUAACUACAGUGUUAAAUGUAUUUAUUUGAGCAUAGUACUAAAAACAAAACAAAACAAAAAAGACAUUGAAAAUGUUUUUUUUUUCCUUAUUAGUAAAGAGUCAGUAUUUUCAUAAAUCUCAGAAAGCUGAGACUUUUGUUGAAUGUAUUGUACAGUAUAGAGGAGCAGGAGAACUGUGUAAAUUAGAGAAAAGUCUGUUUUAUAAUUUAUUUUUCCUUUUUAAAGCUUAAUUGUAGAUAUGUAUACCUAUAUAAGGUUUCUCGAAGCCAGUGUUGUUUCCUGUUAUUACAACUGAUACAGAAAAGAACAAGUUUAACUUUUAAGUAUGUGAUAAUAGUAACUUAUAGCUGCAAAGAAUACAAAAUCUAUACUGUAUGUUACAUCUACCUAAAUAUUGCACUAUGCCCUUUAAAUCAUGUUGGUUAUAAAAUAGUUCUAAAAUUUUAUUAAAUAAUUUAAUAUUUUCUUUUUAAAUUAUAUGGGGGUAUAUAAAUUAAUCUGGUGAUUUGUAUAUGUGUUUAAUUUUUUUUCAUUUUCUUUAAAAAGUAAUACGGUAACUUGGUUGCUAAAAGCAGUCUGCACUUAGAAGUUUAUUAUAUUUACUCAAUGUUUUCAAGUAGAGAACAUUGCCUUUUAUUUAUAAAAACUAUUUUGUCCUUUUAUAAAUGUUUGUGUUUCUCUACAGGUUACAACAGUUGCUUCAGUUGCCUGGUUUAGGUGUUUGCACUUAUUUUAUUUCUUUUUGAAAGAAUGUCUUUAUUUGCUUUUGUGUAGAGAUUUUAUGUAAUUUUUUCGAAACAUAUAAUGGUGCACUGUCAACUUAAACACUGACAGGUAAAUAGAAUUGUACACUGUAGUUUUAAUUAUUCAUAAUCGACACACUCUCUCCCUCUCCACUCCUGAAGUAUGCUGCUAUCCAAAGUGGCAGAAUUGGCUUGCUGCUAGGAGAGAAGGAAAGAGCUACCACCACCUGCACUGUGUGAAAAGAUAAAAGUCAAAUGAUGGCAAGUUCUCAAGUUAACUUGGUGGAGCUGCACCAUUACCCAUUACAGAUUCUUGCAGUUACCAAAAUACUAUGCCUUAAAAACAAAACAAAAGCAACUAAACAAUUUUCUGAUAUUUUUAUGUUAACAGACAUAAAAAAUGCUAAGUAUUUUCAUGCCUAGUCCUUGAACAGUAGACCUAGAAGGCUUUUAAACUAUUUUAAGUCUAUUUAUUAGUUAUUGCAUAUGAGAUGUAGUGAGAAGUGAGGAAAGUGUAUGGUUCUAAGAUUAUGAUAUGCUGAUAACAGAUGAGCCCAUUUGAAUCUUUGUAGCAUGUCUUUUAAGUAUAUGUUGAAUGCUUCCUAAUUAGUGGACUUCUCAUAGUAAUUUUACUUUGUAAAACCAAUGAUUAUAGCAAAAGUAAUACAAGAUCAUUUCAAUUUCCAUCACCUGGAACUAAUAGUACAUAAUGGAGGUUUCUGGUUUUGGGUUUCUUCAUGUUGCCUUUAACUAGUUUGGAUGUACACAGCCUCCAGUUACCAAAGUGUAAUACUUUGUAAGAGCUCUAUUUUUUUAAGCAUGAGUUUUCUUGAGCAUUAAUGAUCUCAAAUGUAAUAUAUUGCAAAUAAGCCUGGGUUUCUUGGACAUAGUACAGACUUGGAUUGGUAUUGGUUGAAUCCUCCAGUUAACUGCUUUAUUGCUUUUUUGCAAGAUGAUUUUUAAUGUUAAGUAUGUCAGGCGUCUUAUGUCACCUUUAUUUAUACUCUUAUGUUCAUUUAAAUUUCUUUCAGUAUGUUAUUAAAAAUGCCAGACAUGUAGCAGGCAUACUUGCAUGGAAAAUGACUACACACAUAUAAUACACAUUUUGUUGUAAGGUUUUCACAUUAAUACAGCAAUUACCCUGACUAAAUUGAGUUUUUUAAUGUAUGGAAAACUUUCCAUGGUAAGAGAAUCUUGCAUACGAUGUUGACAUAUAUUACCAUAGAAAAUAAAGCAUCUGUGUACAACCUGA